GCCUUAGAGAGCAUACCCUAUCUGCGAUGUCUCAGCGCCUACACAAUCCCGAUCGCACCUUACCGAUUAUUCCCGUGCGCCUCGAGACCUCCACUAGAGUGUAUCGCGCACUAUGGGACUCUGGCUCUACUGGCGACUUCAUUCAUCCUCGCGUAGUUAAGGAGGCAUCUCUCUAUACAUCCGCCUACCCUUCUACUGUCAACGUUACACCUGAUGACAAUCAGGCCAAGUCCUUCGUCGACUAUGUGGUGCCUGAUCUCCUAUUCUCCUUCCCCUUGCGGAUGCCCCAUAGCCUUUGCAUGGCCCCUCGGUUCCAUGACCAAUGGACCUUCGACGUCAUGGAAACCCUAUACAACCUUGUUCUCGACACCGCCUACUCCCAUCAGUUCGCCUAUUCUAAUCCUGAUUGGAUCCACAAUGACCUCGUCCUCAACGCUAAGGAUGAGAAGCAAUACCAUAUUCCGGUGUUGGGCAAAUCAGACUCUACAUCCCCCUCUGCUGUCAAUGUCUCCAUCUUAACACCUACUCAGCUCCACUACAUCCUUCGUCAGCCUGAUGUCGAACUCUACAUUGUCGACAUCACGGAUCUCCUUGUCUGUAACUCCAUGCAUCAGGACGCUGAGUUGGUCGAGCUCGAUCCACCAUUCCCCGAGCCCCCCGAGCCUCCUGAUCCUUCAGCCUCCUCGUCCUCCUUCACCCCUGCUAGCUCAUCUCACCUUAUUGCAUCCUUUACCACGGAGACGCCAUUGGUACCUAUUCCCAUACCGACGCCUUCCACCCCUUCUUCAGACGCUGCUGUUGCCGAGGAGUUUGACAACCUCCUAUUGACUCUGCAGCCUAGCGUUGCUGCCCUCCUUCGCGAGUAUCGUGAUGUUUUCCCUCCAUCUGUCUCUUAUAGCAGCAUCCCUCCCAUGCUCGAUAUCGAGCACCACAUCCGGCUCGAACCUAACUACCGUAUUCUGCAUCGCACACCAUAUCGCCUCUCGGUCCCCGAAGCCCACGAACUUAAACGCCAAAUUGACGAGCUGCUUCGUCAGGGCUUCAUUAAACAGAGUACGUCCCCAUGGAGCGCACCUGUCCUCGUCGAUCGCAAGAAGGACGACACCCUCCGCCUUUGCCUCGACCACCGCGGUCUCAACGACUAUACGGUCAGAAAUAGUUACCCUAUGCCUCACGCGGAUGAUCUGUUCGACCGCCUCUCCGGCCACCACUUUUUCACGAAGAUCGAUCUUCGUAGCGGAUAUCACUAGACCCAUGUAGCCGAGGAGGACCAGCCUAAGACCGCUUUUCGUUCUCGUUUUGGGCACUACGAGCUUACCGGGAUGCCUUUCGGUC